AUGGUUCAGCGAGAUGGACAGCUGGUGGUGAACAAAAUCACCACUGUGGGAGAGGUGAGAAGGGGGGAGGUAAGGGGGCAGAGUGUAUGUUUUUACAUUGUGCUCUUUGAGAAGGAUUUCUAUCUGAGGAAUUUUAACCGUGUGUGUGUGUAGGAGGUGAGGAAGCAGACUGUGUCGUACCCUCUGUCCUCUCUGAAGGGGUUAGUGUGUGAGGGAUCUAACCUGCUGCUGCUGAGGGUCCUUGCUCUGAGGAAGAACGUUUUCAGGUCUCUCCAGAGAUGUUCAAUCGGGUUCAAGUCCGGGCUCUGGCUGGGCCACUCAAGGACAUUCAGAGACUUUUCCCGAAGCCACUCCUGCGUUGUCUUGGCUGUGUGCUUAGAGUCGUCCUGUUGGAAGGUGAACCUUCGCCCCAGUCUGAGGUCCUGAACGCUCUGGAGCAGGUUUUCAUCACGGAUCUCUCUGUACUUUGCUCCAUUCAUGUUUCCCUCGAUCCUGAGUAGUCUCCCAGUCCCUGCCGCUGAAUAACAUCCCCACAGCAUGAUGCUGCCCCCAUCAUGCAUCACUGUGGUUUUAUCACACCAGAGAAUCUUGUUUCUCAUGGUCUAAGAGUCCUUUAGGUGCCUUUUGGAAAACUCCAAGCGAGCUGUCAUGUGCCUUUUACUGAGGAUUGGCUUCAGUCUGGCCACUCUACCAUAAAGGCCUCUCCCAUCUCCACAGAGGAACUCUGGAGCUCUGUCAGAGUGACCAUCGGUUCUUGGUCACUUCCCUGACCGAGGCCCUUCUCCCCAAAUUGCUCAGUUUGGCUGGGCGGCCAGCUCUAGGAAGAGUCUUGGUGGUUGGAAACUUCUUCCAUUUAUGAAUGAUGGACGCCACUGUGUUCUUGGGGACCUUCAAUGCUGCAGACAGUUUUUGGUACCCUUCCCCAGAUCUGUGCCUCGACACAUUCCUUUGACCUCAUGGCUUGGUUUUUGCUCUGACUGUCAACUGUGGGACCUUUAUAUAGACAGGUGUGUGCCUUUCCAAAUCAUGUCCAAUCAAUUGAAUUUACCCUAGGUGGACUCCAAUCAAGUUGUAGAAACAUCUCAAGGAUGACCAAAGGCAACAGGAUGCACCUGAGCUCAAUUUUGAGUCUCAUAGCAAACAGUCUGAAUAUUUAUGUAAAUAAGGUAUUUCUGUUUUUUAUUUUAAAGAAAUGUGCAAACAUUUCUACAAACCUGUUUUUGCUUUGUCAUAAUGGGGUAUUGUGUGUAGAUUGAUGAGGAAAAAAAUGUAUGUAAUCAUUUUUAGAAUAAGGCUGUAAUGUAACAAAAUGUGGAAAAAGUCAAGGGAUCUGAAUACUUUCCGAAUGCACUGUAUGUGCGGUCAGAGGGUGCUGGCAGCAGACGGUGGGAGAGGAGGUUGUGGAGGUGUUUGGGGUGGAGAGGACGGUCGACUCGGUGGAGGAAAUCCCAGCCACGUGGCACUGCUACUUCCUGUCUGAUAGAUAAUGACAUCACUUACACUUACACUAUUACAGACUACAAAGGGAAAGCACAGUCGCAAGCUUCCCAGUGACACAAGCCUACCAGACGAGCUAAACCACUUCUAUGCUCGCUUCGAGGCAAGCAACACUGAAGCAUGCGUGAAGCAUGCGUGAGAGCACCAGCUGUUCCGGAUGACUAUGUGAUCACGCUCUCCGUAGCCGAUGUGAGUAAGACUUUUAAGCAGGUCAACAUUCACAAGGCCGCAGGGCCAGACGGAUUACCAGGACGUGUACUCCGAGCAUGUGCUGACCAACUGGCAAGUGUCUUCACUGACAUUUUCAACAUGUCCCUGACUGAGUUUGUAAUACCAACACGUUUCAAGCAGACCACCAUAGUCCCCGUGCCCAAGGACACUAAGAUAACCUGCCUAAAUGACUACCGACCCGUAGCACUGACGUCGGUAGCCAUGAAGUGCUUUGAAAGGCUGGUCAUGGCUCACAUCAACAUCAUUAUCCCAGAAACCCUAGACCCACUCCAAUUUGCAUACCGCUCCAACAGAUCCACAGAUGAUACAAUCUCUAUUGCACUCCACACUGCCCUUUCCCACCUGGACAAGAGGAACAUUUACAUGAGAAUGCUAUUCAUUGACUACAGUUCAGCAUUCAACACCAUAGUGCCCUCAAAGCUCAUCACUAAGCUAAGGAUCCUGGGACUAAACACCUCCCUCUGCAACUGUAUCCUGGACUUCCUGACGGGCCGCCCCCCAGGUGGUAAGGGUAGGUAACAACACAUAUGCCACACUGAUCCUCAACACGGGGGCCCCUCAGGGGUGCAUGCUCAGUCCCCUCCUGUACUCCCUGUUCACCCAUGACUGCAUGGCCAGGCACGACUCCAACACCAUCAUUAAGUUUGCCGACGACACAACAGUGGUAGGCCUGAUCACCGACAACGAUGAGACAGCCUAUAGGGAGGAGGUCAGAGACCUGGCCGUGUGGUGCCAGGAUAACAACCUCUCCCUCAAAGUGACCAAGACACAGGAGAUGAGUGUGGACUACAGGAAAAAAAAGAGGACUGAGCACGCCCCCAUUCUCAUCGACGGGGCUGUAGUGGAACAGGUUGAGAGCUUCAAGUUCCUUGGUGUCCACAUCACCAACGAACUAUCAUGGUCCAAACACACCAAGACAGUCGUGAAGAGGGCACAACAAAGCCUAUUUCCCCUCAGGAGUCUGAAAAGAUUUCGGCAUGGGUCCUCAGAUCCUCAAAAAAGUAUACAGCUGCACCAUCGAGAGCAUCCUGACUGGUUGCAUCACCGCCUUGUAUGGCAACUGCUUGGCCUCCGACCGCAAGGCACUACAGAGGGUAGUGCGUACGGCCCAGUACAUCACUGGGGCCAAGCUUCCUGCCAUCCAGGACCUCUAUACCAGGCGGUGUCAGAGGAAGGCCCUCAAAAUUGUCAAAGACUCCAGCCACCCUAGCCAUAGACUGUUCUCUCUGCUACCGCACGGCAAGCGGUACCGGAGUGCCCAGUCUAGGUCCAAAAGACUUCUAACAGCUUCUACCCCCAAGCCAUAAGACUCCUGAACAGCUAAUCAUGGCUACCCGGACUAUUUGCACUGCCCCCCCACCCCAUCUUUUUAUGCUGCUGCUACUCUGUUAAUUAUUUAUGCAUAGUCACUUUAACUCUACCCACAUGUACAUAUUACUUCAACUACCUCAACUAGCCGGUGCCCCCGCACAUUGACUCUGCACCGGUACCCCCCUGUAUAUAUAGCCUCCCUACUGUUAUUUUAUUUUACUUCUGCUCUUUUUUCUCAACACUUUUUUGUUGUUGUUUUAUUUUACUUUUUUACUUUUUUAUUUAAAAAAAAAAAUGCACUGUUGGUUAAGGGCUGUAAGUAAGCAUUUCACUGUAAUGUCUCCACCUGUUGUAUUCGGCGCAUGUGGCCAAUAAAAUUUGAUUUGAUUUGAUUUUGAUUUACACCAGACCAGAGAGACCCAGGCCCUACAGGGCACCACUGCUCCUGCCAUCUCUUUCUCUCUGUGUGAUGUUAUAUCCUGUUCCCCUUUUGGUACAUGGCCAGCCGAGUGCAGGUGUGCUCUCCCGUCACCAGGAAGCUACUGCUGCUCCCACCCCAAACACACAUAUGUACCCAAACACACAUAUGUACCCAAACACACAUAUGUACCCAAACACACACAUGUACCCAAACACACAUAUGUACCCAAACACACACAUGUACCCAAACACACACAUGUACCCAAACACACACAUGUACCCAAACACACACAUGUCACAUGUACCCAAACACACACAUGUACCCAAACACACACAUGUACCCAAACACACACAUGUACCCAAACACACACAUGUACCCAAACACACACAUGUACCCAAACACACACAUGUACCCAAACACACAUAUGUACCCAAACACACACAUGUACCCAAACACACAUAUGCUCACAUACAAAGGUGUUCCCCUGUUUUCAUGUUCAUGUGUAUGUAUGUGUUGUGUGUCAGAGGUGAGGGAUGAUGAACCUGUGUUUGAGAAGAGGCCUCUAGCCUGGGAAGAGGAUAUGCAGAUGCACUCCAAGUUUCUGGACAGAAAGUUGUCUUUCCCUACAUCCUACCACUUACCCCCUACUCUCUUACUCUUAAACCACUAACCCCUAGGUUUCCAACAUUAUCUGACGUGUUUGUGUGUGUGACAGGAGGAGUUGAAGGCGGAGCAUGCCACGUGCCUGCGGCAGCACCCGGAGCUCUGCGCCAUGAUGGCCGACUUCCUGCAGUUCCUGUUACUACGGAAACCUAGCGUUGUCUCUGUGUUGUCUUUGUGUUCGCCCGCAAGUAUUUAUCCCCCUGCGCCUCCCGCCGACCCUCGGGGAGCACCUUCAACACCUCAUCCUGAGGAUACACAUGGGGGCUGUCUCAAUAGUCUGAAGUAG